CUUGGGAUAUCUUGAGCUUGUCACUCUCACUACCACUGGAACGCACUCUCAUCACCAUCACGUUGACAACAGCACCGCGACGUGACCAUGGAGAACGUCCAAGUGUGGGCAUCGUACCUCUACGAGCAACAUGCGCACAACCUUCCCGACGGCAUUCGAGACCAGCUGGUCGGACUCGCCUCCAACCCGUCCUACUUGUCCUACGCGCAAACCGCCUACUCGUAUCUCGCGCUAGCCUCCUCAUACGCCAAUCUCAUCCUCAGCACCAUCAUGGACAGUGUCUCCUCGAAACCGGACCUCGCCACCAUCGCGCUUCUACUGGUGAUCAUUUUCAUCAGCCUGAAGAUUCUGAACAUGGUCGUCGGGACGGUGCUCUUCUGGUUUCGUAUGGCGAGAAAGGUAGCUUUCUGGGGCACUUUGGUGGCGUUGGCGCUGUGGAUGUAUACGAGAAGACCGGUGGGAGUGGCAGAAGAUCUUGGACAUUGGUAUGGUGUGUGGAAGGGGGAGUAUGCGCACUGGAGUGAACAGGAGAAAUUGGCGAGAAUCAUGACGGAGCAGGCAAUUCCGGCUGGUGCUGGCAGGGCACAUCCGAAUCGACGACGAUGGUAUUGAUGGCACAGACUGCAUGAAAUGGAUACUCUGAUAGGGCAUAUUGGACGUCGACCGGCGCAUGGAUUGUGUUACAGCUUGUGAGAUUAGCGAAGGCGUUCUGGCGAAACUGAACGCUUGGAUGGCGGCAGAGCCCAUUUGCGCGAGGCUGCUCCUUGGCUUCGUUCAUCACGAUAGGGAUGGAAGCGGCAAAGAGUGGGCACUGCAGCUGGCGCUGUUCGUGUGCGCGUGGGAACAGCGAGAGCGGUUGGACUUGUCACUUGUACCGGCAUUGCAGGAUCAAAUGCACGCCUGUCCCGCGUUACUACCGAAUUGCUCCCAUCUUCACGCUGCCGUCAACAUCAUCUUCUCCCAAAACUCACGACUGACUUUCUAGCACUAUUACCGCAGAAAGCGAGGGAACGAGCAAGCAUGAGCGACGCCCGUUCAGACGGCUUUGGCCAGCGGUGUUUCCAUGGGCGACAAGUGGGACGACGCCUGGUACGAGCUCAUCGACAUCAAUCGCCGUCCGUUUCAGCGUGGCGAGACGAGCUCAACUCGGUACUACUCCGCUGCAGUGGUUUCAUCUACGCCUUGAUGAGAUCCGCAUGCGCAGGGAACGCAUGGAAUCAUCACAGUCGGUGCUGGUUAUUGGUAUUUGUCGUCGGGUUUAGCGACAGGCUCGACAUCAAGCACAUGACAUUGCUCAAUGCAACCGAGCCAUUAGCAGGCAGGCAAAAAAAACAUCAUGUGCACUUUACAUGAGCCAAUUCUGACAUGCGACCUCUACCGCUCGAAGGAUCAGGGAUUCCUCCGACAGGUGGACUGGAAAAUAUGUAUGCACCCCUUGCGUGAACUUCAGCCUCCUACACACCCUCAGGAGAAUGCGAUGACGAUCCUUUGUCACGAAACCAAUCCUCUGAAUCCAUGGUCAAAACUAUUCAUGCCCAACGCUUAAGCCACUCCUCCAUUGUGAAAAGCCAUCGCCAGAGGCUACAUCGAAAAAAAUAUCUUAGUCCCCAUCUAUUCCUCCCGAAGCGGCAGUUGGAGGCCGCCGAUCCACCCGAUAUCCUUGGCGUACUAUGGAUGAUGUGGGUACUCGAUCCUCGAUGCUGACACCACGCAGGCAGUCUAGACAUCCAGUCCAUUCAAUGUACGUACAAGUCCGGAAGUGCCUGUGGAGUCACACCCAGUGCAGGCCUCUUGUUCAGCGAUGGAUUCAGCGAGGCACAUUCUCCAAAUGGCGAUCUUGCUGGGACCGGUCUGCUCCUGUGACCCGGUGAUGCUGAGACGGAUCGAACAUUGCCACCAAGAUGGAUCUCUCUGAUCCACCAUCAGCUACGCCUCGUGAAAGAUGUGGAAGUUGGGCGAGCGAAGCAAGGCCGAGAGUCCAACACGACGAUAUAUAAAAAGAGAGAGGACGAGCCAUAUUAUACCAGGGGCAGAAUCAACAGAAAACACACAGUUUUUCCAUCAAUAUGCUCAACUCGAACAUUGCCUGCCUCGUGCUGGCAGCUUCACGCAUCGCUCAAGCCCAGUACUCCAGUACGACCACAUUCACCUUCCAGGGCAACACCCUUCCCACAGGACUCGCUCGCUCUGGCUACACGGUCAACGACAACGACGGAGCCACGAAAUACGACCAUGAGUUCGAACCCUCCAUGGCAUAUGUCCAAGAUGGCUUCCUGAACCUUCUCGUGCCGGGAGGCCAGAAGGACGAUUCCACGAUCUGGUCUGCGGAAGUGGUGACGGACUUUACCGUCUCUGCAGCCCGAGUUGAUACGUGGGCCAUCUUGACCGAGAAUGCCGGAGUGUGCAAUGGCAUGUUCUUGUACGAUGGCGACACGUCCAUUUCCGGCGGCAUUCAGGAGAGCGAUAUCGAAUGGUUGAGCGAUCCCAACUCGCUCGCCUUCACCGUCCCAGGAAUUUCUCGCGCGUUGCAAUACACCAACCAGAAUGUCACUGUUGAGGGCGGCCCUUCGACCAGCGGUCCGGGCGAGGUGCCUUCCGAUGCGACAUCUGCCGUGCAUAAAUACAGUAUUGAUUGGAGAAAUGGGUUAACUUCGUUCUUUGUGGACGAUGUGGCACAGUAUUCCUUCAGUGCAAAUGUUCCCGUGACGAAGAAGGCGACUUGGGUCUGGAAUAAUUGGUCCAAUGGAGAUCCUCAAUGGAGUGUUGGUCCACCUGCGGCCGAUGCGGUGUUCAAGAUUCAGAAGAUCGUAAUGGCCUAUAACCCUGGCUCGGCGUAGACAUGCUGCGCGAGGCUUUUGUGUUGGGACUGUUUGGGACUGCUUCUCAUUCGGCAUAUACUCUCAUUUAAAAAGUUCAGCAUAGAUUCCAGCUCGACAUCGACACCAGUUCAG